AAUAUUAUGUUCUUGACGUGCAGUCUACGUAGUUCGUAUUCUAAAAUAUUUCUAUAGACCGCAGAAUAAUAUAACACGGCCUUAAAUACGUAUAAUACUGAGUGAAGUCAACUACAAAACAGAAUAGGUACCUACUCGUGUAUAGUAUGCUACCGCACCGUACGUCUGUAAACGAGAUGGAUUCUGUAAAACAAGUCAUGCCACGGAUAAAUGGCCAAAAGCGAGUUCUGAAAUCCAACGGAUGUAAACCUAAAAUAUUUAUAAACAGCUGUCAUACUCGCAGUUCAUUUGAAGUCUUACAAAGUUUACGCAGAGAAGAAGUGUUGUGUGAUAUUAAGUUAGAAACUGAUGACGGUGUAUUAGUUUGUGCACAUAAAUUGGUUUUAGUAGCAGCUUGUCCAUAUUUCCGUGCAAUGUUCUCCAGUUUUGCUGAAGGGGCUAAAUAUGUUGUAAAUAUCAGAGAGUUAGAUUCUAACAUUCUACAACUCUUGAUUGAUUAUAUUUAUACUGGUAAAAUAACGGUGACCGAACAAAACAUAAUGGAUUUGUUACCAUCUGCUGUCCGCUUACAGUUGGAUUAUGUAAAGGAUGUAUGUGUUGAAUUUUUACAAAAACAACUAAAUACUGAAAAUUGUCUUGGUAUCAGAGAAUUGGCUGACUUUUAUAACUGUAUGGAUUUGCUGUCAAGUUCUGAAGAAUACAUAAAAACACAUUUUUUAAAAGUUGUUGAAGCUGAAGAGUUCCUAUCUUUGUCAUCUGAAGAAAUUAUUAAUCUAAUCUCCCGUGCUGACAUUAACAUUCCAUUUGAAGAAAAAAUAUUUGAAUGUGUUAUUAAUUGGGUAAAACAUGAAUUAGAUUGUAGAUAUGACAGUUUGCCUAAAUUAAUGGAACAUGUUCGUUUGUCUUUAGCACCUUCAGACUUUAUAUCAAAAUAUGUAGUUGAUGAACCUCUUAUUAAAAAUAAUCCUAAAUGUAUAGAGUUCGUCAUUGAAGCUUUAAAUUUCCAUAUUGUACAGAUACAUCGGAACAUUACUUUGCCACAAAAAAUUCGUUAUUCACCUAGACAGACUGGACUUAAAUUUCUUCUUGCCAUGGAAUCAGGAAUGGGGAAGUGUUAUACAAGCUGGUAUGAUCCAGCAACCAAACUAUUGUAUAAAACAAUAGAAAUGAGUAUGCAGUUUGGAGGAGGAUGUCAUCUUGCCUUAAUAAAAGAACAUUUAGUUUUUGCCUUGGGUAAUAAAUAUAUUAAUUCAAGGUCAAUUGAAUUGCUUGAUUUAUCUUCACAUCCACUCCAAUGGAAACCAACAGUUAACAUGUUAGUCGAUCGUAAUUUUUUCGGAGUUGGUGUGUUAGAUGAUCGUAUAUAUGCUGUUGGCGGAGCAAUUGGUGUUUCUCCUUUAAGUAGUGUGGAGGUUUUUGACGUAGGAGGUCACAACUACAUAUCUUCUUUGAAAUCUGUUGAAUGUUAUGAUCCCAGCCUUGACACGUGGACACCGGUCACACAUAUGUCUACAAGUCGCCGAUCCCCUGGUCUUGGAGUCUUAGACGGUGUAAUUUAUGCUGCCGGUGGUAUGUUUCGGGAUUAUACUAAUAAGGUGAUUCUUAAAAGUGUUGAGGCAUAUACACCAAUUGCUUAAGUUUGGUCACCUAUACCUGACAUGCACAUAUGCCGAUAUAAUCCAAAAGUUGUCACGUUUAAUGGUUUAUUGUAUGCUUUUGGCGGACAUGAUGGAUCUACUCAUUUGGAUUCUGUUGAAAUAUAUGACCCCAAUACCUAUACGUGGACUUUGAAAACAUUAUCAACAAGUGUUGAGGCAGUUUGUGGUGUAACAGUCAUUGACAUGCCAUUACAUUUGAGAACUGAUUGUACUGUAUAAGCUAUAUAUGAUCUCAUUUUUGGCUGUUGUAUGUUAUAUUCAUAUUAAUUUAUAAUACAUAAACAUUUGUUAAGUAUUUUAUACAUUUUUGAUAAAAUGUUCAAAUUAAAUUUUUUUUAAAUAAUUUUAAUUUUCUAUUAUAUUAUCUCUCAGUAGACUUCUAACUAAAUCACCUACAUAUAUUCUUUAAAUAUUCUACAGAAAAUAAGGUCUUUUUAUUUGCCAUUCACCUAAAUCAUUUUCAAUAGAAACACAUUGUUUUACACAUACAUUGUAUCGACACAUUAUACUCUUCAAGUAGUACAAAAUAAUCCAUGCAUUUGAAAAAAUUAUCCCCAUAGGUGCUUUAGUAUAUAAAAAUGUCUUUCUAUUUUUUUUUGAGAUUUUUGUUGUCAUCGUUAUUUACUAACCAAAACAAAUUUAUGGUUCACAAAUGUAUAAAAAUUGGUUAUAAUAUUAUAUUGAAGACUGCCUACAAUAUAAAACAAAUUAUUUUUCAUUACACUUAUUAUACACAGAUUAUGACAAAUUAUGUAUCUACAAUAAUUGAAAUAAACUGUUUAACAUUCUUUGA